AUGUAUAAGCGUCCUGGCCAGAGGCGGGCGGUGUGCGCGGGUGCGCAUGACGCUCGGGCUGCCGGGCUGCGCGGCCUGGGCGGCGUCCGUCCGCUCUGGUUUUGGGGCACGACAGCCCCCGCCCCCGGCCCGUGGGCUGGGCUGGGCGCGGUGUGGCUGGGCGCACGCAGUCGGAGGCGGCGCCGGCCAGGCCGCCCGGGCGCCUAUGGACGCGCGGAGCCCGCUGUCUCCCCGGGCCAGUGCGUUCAGCAUCGCCUCUUUGGUUGCAGCCGAGGCAGCCGAGCGCACCGCCCACUGGGGCCCCGGGGCCCCCGACCAGGCGAAGCUUCACCGGCUGCCAGGAUCCCUGGCCGGGAUGCACUUCAGCACCGUCACCAGGGACAUGGAAGGCGAAUGUUCCCUACGUUUCAAGUAAAGCUCUUCGGCAUGGAUCCCAUGGCCGACUACAUGCUGCUCAUGGACUUCGUGCCGGUGGACGACAAGCGCUACCGGUACGCCUUCCAUAGCUCCUCCUGGCUGGUGGCGGGGAAAGCAGACCCUGCCACGCCGGGCCGUGUGCACUACCACCCAGACUCGCCUGCCAAGGGUGCGCAGUGGAUGAAGCAAAUCGUGUCCUUUGACAAACUCAAGCUGACCAACAACCUGCUGGAUGACAAUGGCCACAUUAUUCUCAACUCCAUGCACAGAUACCAGCCCCGCUUCCAUGUGGUCUACGUAGACCCGCGCAAAGACAGCGAGAAAUAUGCAGAGGAAAACUUCAAAACCUUUGUGUUUGAGGAGACCCGCUUCACUGCAGUCACCGCCUAUCAGAACCACAGGAUCACGCAGCUCAAGAUCGCCAGCAAUCCCUUCGCCAAAGGCUUCCGGGACUGCGACCCUGAGGACUGGUGA